AAGCAUGCUAAGAGACUGUUGUUAUAUGUUAGAAAAUAUAUAUGUGUGCGUGAUCGAAAAUACACGCUACUCUAUCUAUGUCAUCCCAACUACACUUGUCGCACUCGUUGCACGUAAAAGACGAGACACGCGUGUGUUUAUUCUUCGGCGAGAUAAAGACGAAAGACGCAAAGAGCAGAAGCUUGCUACACACUCACACGCAUGCAGACACUGGACGAAUUCAGUCGGAUCAGCGGUACCAUCAGCUGCGUGCGAUCCAAGUCGCUGGACAGUCGGAAGUUUCGACCGGUCGUGUUUUCGCAUAACAUGCGUUGAAGAUUUUAAAGUUCAGUGCAAGUUUUUUUUUACGCAUUUGCUCAAGCGUUGGAUGAUAUUUCCGAAGACGGAUUAUCUUCUAUAUAGGCAUACUUUUAGUUGAACGCAUCACAACUAUUUUUUCCAAGACGUUGCAAACAAGACGAGUAAAAAAUCGCAGCCUACCGCAUGUAUGACAAGAAUCUUGAUGUUAAGGAAUGGCGACGAUCCGAGAUAUGCUUUAUUGGCUUAUUUUCAUGCUUAUCAUCUUUGUAAACAUCCACGGAUUUGUCAAUAUUGAGAAAAAAUGGAGACUGUGCAUAGUAAAAACCGAGUACAAUUCACAUAAAAUUGUUUCACUUUGUUCGCGUCUGGCUGAUAGUCCAAUAACAUGUAUCAUAGAAAUCGAUAGGUUUGGUUGUGUACGUCGCAUGAUCGAGAAUAAUGUCGAUUUCACUGUAUUGGAACCAGAAGAACUUGUAGCGAUAAAAAACUAUUACUUAUACAAAGUUCUAGUCACAAAUGAAUUAAAACCCGCCCAAUAUGAAACGGAGCGUUUUCAAGUAGUGGCCAUAGCGCAUAAAAAUGUGCAACGCAUAUGGGAUAUUAAAGGCAAACGAUUAUGUCAUCCUGGCUUUAAUGCUAUCGACAAUUGGUCUAGAGUUUUUUCAACGUAUUUGGAGAAUUUGAUAAUUCCUAAAGAAUGCGACUCCAACAUGACGCUAUUCGAGAACAGAGUGCACGCUUUAUCCAAAUUCUUCGAAAUGGCUUGUAUCGCUGGUCCCUGGUCAUCGGACACGAUAUUUGAUUAUCAAUUGAAAUCGAAAUACAAGAAUCUCUGCGCCGCGUGCGACAAUCCAUCUAGUUGUUACAUUACUGAUCAAUAUUAUGGAGAACAGGGUGUUUUAUUUUGUCUCACCGAUAACGUGGGAGAUGUUGCCUGGGUCAGAUUAGACAUCGCUCGUACACACUUUAAGGAGCAGAUGAUCGUUACGCAGGAUUACAAAUUUCUGUGCCCGGAUGGUACCACAAAACCGCUUAUAUUCGAUAAACCGUGCGUUUGGAUAUCAAAACCAUGGCCGAUCAUCGUAACUACAAUGCAAAACGCCGCAAAGGUUGCCGACAUGAUGAAAUCGGUUUCUAACACAACAUUUUGCUGGAGAAACACCGUGUUGCAGCUGAUGGAAAAUUAUUACAUAACUUCGACCGAUAUAGACACAUUGGAUAUACCAUCCGAUUACUUAUCCCGAUUUCCAAGUUUCGUAAGCGCUUAUGCUCAAUCAGAUUGUCGACCUUCAAGAGACGUGCGAUGGUGCGUAGUGUCCGAUCUAGAAUUGCGUAAAUGUGACUCAUUGAGAGCCGCCUCUAUCGUUUACGGUGUGCAACCAAAAAUAUACUGCUUCCAGGAAAAGAACAGAGAAUCGUGCUUGAAAGCCAUACAGGACAACCUAAUGGACAUCUUUUUUGUGCAACCCGAAGAACUUCUUGAAGCUAGGAUGAAAGGUUUGAAACCUAUCAUCCAUGCCAUGGCUAAUGCAAAAGAGGAUGUGAACAGAAUCGUGGCAGUUGUAAGAGUUAAUUCCACAUUCUAUACCAUAAAGGAUCUCAAAGGUGCCAGAGCAUCCUUCACGGGCUACAGAAGCGUUGGCUGGAAUGCUUUUGUGACAUUGAUGAGAAACAUGUCGGACAGAAAUUGGGAUUGUUCAGAUGCGCAAGUUGUUGCAAAAUUCUUCAAGAACAGCUGCGUUCUCGACUCAAAUAACAACAAAGAACUUCCAGUUAAUUUGCACUCUUUAUGUAAAAAAGAUAUGAAGCGAGCGAACGAUGAUUUAGGUGCCUUCGAUUAUUUAACUUCGGGUAUCGUCGACGUUGCCUUCGUCAAUCUCAAGGCCAUAGAAAAGAAUGUAAAUGUCGGUGAUUUUUAUCACGAAAAAAUUGAUCAUAAGCACGUCAAUUGGAUGCCCAAGUAUAGGAUAUUAGGUCAGACUUUGAUAGAUACUUCGCGAGAAAUUCCAUAUUUGCUCGCUUGGACAACUCUUGGUUCGAUAGUAUCAAAUGAGAAUAUUACGGAUCUAAGACGCCAAGAAAUUUAUUUCAUGCUGCUUGAAAUGGAUAGAUUAUUUGGGAAGAAAAUCAAAGGACAACUACCUGCGUUCUUGUUAUAUGAACCUUACGACGGCAAUCUCAACAUUAUAUUUCCUAAUGGCACGCAUCAUUUAGAGUUAGAUGGACGUCAGGUUCUGAAUGGACAUAAUUACAACGAAAUCGUGGAAAAUUUCGUGAAGCAAAAUGCAGAAGCAGUUUGUAGUGUCGCGAGUAUGUGGAUCUCAUUUCUGGGAACUGUUUCCCUAUGUAUAAUUGUUGUCAUUAUUCUAAGUUGAUUGUUGAAUUGCUGACAAUGAACUAUAUGCUCUCUAGGAACAAGACAAUGUCAUAUAAUACGGAAUAAUUUAUUAUUGAUGAUGCAAUCGAAAGGAAACUGGAUUUGCUUAAAAAAUAGAUCUUUUUCUAUACAGUUUUAUUUUUGAGAAAAUAAAAUUUAAAAAAAUGUGAGAUUAGUAACAUCUUUUCUCUAUCUUAAGUUUGUAUAAUUUUUAAUGACAUUGCAUGUCAUAAGGAAAUCAACAGUACGACUAUCAUCAAAUAUAUAAAAUUUGUUUUACAGUAUAUAUUCUUUUAAUGGUCUAGAUAUUGUGAAA